CCAGAAAAACAGGGUCUUGAAAAUUGAAACUCUCUAAUUUCUUGGUUUUUGAAUAAAAACUUAGACACCCAUAUUAGAAAAAUUAAAUCUUUUUCGUCUUCUUUAUCCUAUUCUAUCUGUAGAAAAUUACACGCACAGAAAAAAACUUCAGCAAUCAGCAUGCAAUUGUGUGUGUGUGAGUUUUGUUGCUGUUAGUUUUUUCCAAGAUCAGAUUUUUAUUUAACUUUUCUUGAAGAUUCAGCUCUUUGCCAAUUCUCGGGGUAUUGGCUCAAUUAGCUUAUAAGAAACUGGUGUUUUUGAUAGGGAAGUUGUUGAUAGGGAGGAAUAAAGUUGCAGUCUUUCCUGUUUGGAAUCAACAUGAGGAAAGCUCUGCAGUCUGUGAGGCAAAUUAGAUCGGCUCUGUGGUAUAGAAAAGAUAAUGUGCUUAGUAGUCUUGUAAGAAGAGAGCAUUUUUCGACUGAUAUAAGUCGAGGGUGUUUAUGCAAAUUGUCCUACAAUGGUGGUAUUAUUAGACAUAGUCAACCAUAUUACAUGUCGUCAAGAGCCAUGUUUGCCGAUGUUGCUACAGCAACUAAUGGAGUGGAGACCAGAGGAGGGCCUCUAGUGAAAUAUGAACGACGAAUUGCUGAGGGUGAGCUCUUGGAUGGAGAUGCUUGCCAGGUAAGCAGCAACACUCUAGUCCUGCUUAACCAGUUCUGGAUAGGCAUUUGAAUGCUUAGUUAUAUG